AUGCAUUAUCCAGACACGUCUUUCCACCAUGGAUUGCCAGAGACGGUCAAGCCUGUGAGCUAUGAUGUUUGUAUCUCCAACAUUGAUGCUGCCAAAAAGACAUUCCAGGGGCUUUGUAAAAUCGAUUUCCAUGUUCAGGACACCAUCAAGUCUGUGAUCCUGAACCAAAAAUUGUUGCAAAUAGGCAAAGCUACUGCCAGCUCUAACGACAAGGCCAUUGCUGUUUCAGACACCGUUACCAACAACAAAGACGAGACCGUGGAGUUCAAAUUUGCAGAGCCAGUGAAACCCGGCCCGUUGAGUCUCUCCAUUGAGUACACCGGCCCAAUUCGCACAGACAUGGGAGGAUUCUACGACUCGAGCUACAGGGACGGCGAAAAACUGCAUACCUUGCUGUGCACGCAGUUUGAGUCGACAGACGCACGGUCUGCUUUCCCUUGUAGCGACGAGCCUGCGUUCAAGGCCACGUUCAGAAUAAGCUUGACAAUUGACAGUGAGUACGACGCCCUUUCCAAUAUGCCAGUCGAUAAGGUUGAGACACACGGUCUGACGAAGACGGUCACGUUUUUGUCGUCGCCAAAAAUGUCCACGUACCUUGUAGCCUGGUGUAUUGGCAAGUUUGAGUAUGUGGAGUCCCGUUUGAACGGGCUGCCUAUCCGCGUUUACACGGUGCCUGGCCAGUCGCAGAACGGCAAGUAUGCGCUGUCUGUGGCGGAAAAGGCUGUUGAUUAUCUCUCCAAGGUGUUUGACAUUGCUUAUCCGCUGCCGAAGCUGGACCUGAUUGCGGUGCCUGCUUUUGGAGCCAACGCAAUGGAAAAUUGGGGACUUGUCCUUUUCAGGGCCACUGCGCUGCUGUUUGACCCAGAAAAGUCGGAUCUGGCGUACAAGUCCAAGGUGGCAUACGUUGUUUCGCACGAGAUCGCCCACUCGUGGUUUGGCAACUACUGCACCAUGAGCUGGUGGUCGGAUCUCUGGCUCAACGAAUCGUUUGCAACCUAUAUUGGCUGGCUCUGCGUCGACAACAUGCACCCCGAAUGGGACGUGUUCACAGACUUUGUGUCGUCUUCUGUUCAGGCGGCCUUGGACCUGGACUCUCUGACCAGCUCGCAUCCCGUGGAGGUGCAAGUUCUCAACGGACGCGACAUCGACCAGAUAUUCGACUAUAUCUCGUAUCUGAAGGGGGGUUCUGUUGUGCGCAUGGUUGCGGAGAGUGUUGGUGUAGACUUGUUUCUGAGCGGUGUCUCCAAAUAUUUGAAAGAGCACAGCUUUGGCAACGCGCGUUCCGAUGAUCUAUGGGAUGCCGUCAGCGCCACCACCGGCAAGAAUAUCACGACGCUGGUUGCUCCCUGGAUCAGAGCCGUUGGUUUUCCCUAUCUGCACGCGAAACUAGCUGGCGACCAGGUCGAGAUCACGCAGCAGAGGUUCCUGCUUUCUGGAAAGUCUGACGACACAGUUUGGUGGAUUCCCGAGCUCAACAUGACGGAGAAAAGCAAGACGGUUCCUCUGGAACAAUUCGCAAAGCUUAACAAGUCCACCACAGGCUUCUAUCGUGUCGUUUAUGAUCCGGCUCUGUUCGACCGCGUAUUUCUUGACUUGAACGCCAGAGACAAAAUCGGACUGGUGGCAGAUACGUUUGCUGCAGCACAGGCCGGCCUCAGCUCGACAAAGACUUGCUUGGAGCUCGUGGAGCGGUUCAAAAGCGAAGAAGAGUAUGCCGUCUGGGCGGAGAUCGCCAAACGGCUGGGUGCUUUGAAGAAACUCUAUUUUGGCUCGCCAAAGCUGGAAAUGUUGGUCAAUUUCAGCAAGCAGGUGUACGAGCCGGUUCUGAAGAGAUUGAUGGAGAAAGAAAAGCUCACUUUUCAGGAAUCUAAGCUGCGCUCCUUAGUUUUUGAGCAGUGCGGACUAUCCCAGUCCUCGCUCGCCUUGGAGUACGCUCGCUCCACCGCAGACCCUUCGUUGCGCCGCGCCAAGCUCACCACUUUGCUGGCGUCCAAGGAAUGCACCCGCGAAGAGCUUUUGCAGGUGAUCGAGGAGGUGAAAAAUCCGUCUUCUGUGGACGCGCGCGAAAUUGCGCUGUCUGCUCUUGGAUCCGUGAGCAACAGGGCAUAUUUGGACGAUAUCUUUGCCCUGUUCUUCACCGAAUAUCUUCCAGAAAUGGACUAUAUCUUCCUCUGCGGCUCGCUGUGCUCGAACCCCGUUGCCCAAGAACCGUUCUGGAACUUCUUCAAGGCCAAUUUCGACCGGUUCCACAAAGAGACAUCGAUCUGGACUCUGGACAGAGUGCUCAGAAACUUCUUGCCAAACUUUGGUUCCGAACCGCUCUACGCCGAUGCCAAGGCAUUUUUUGCCGCCAAAGACCUCACGGGCUUCGACAAGGGAGUGAGCCAGUCGCUAGAGGCCAUCGAGGUCAACGUGAAAUGGGCCAGACAGAGCGAUUUAUAA